AUGUCACAUCGGCGCGGAAAACGUGGGAUGCAUGGUCGGAAAGACCAGCAUCGUAUGCACGUUAUGAUGAAGCGACAGCACGAGGCGGAUACGUAUGGAAAUACUGCAACCACGAGCUCAAGAGAACCGAUAGAGUGUCAGAGGGGAAGAGAGACGACGGCCGUAAAAAUUAUCCCGUAG